UAUUCUCAUUUAAAGCCUAUCUAUACAAAUUGAAAUUAUAUUCAACAUCACUUUAAAUGAUACUUAAGUACUAUAGUACUUGGAUCAAGGUCUGCGUUUUGGUGAGAUGCAGUGUGCUGAAGGCCCUCAGUGACCCACCUGCAAUGCUGACUUCAGGGGCUGCCUAUAUUGAGUUUGCAGAUUUUCCUUGAGUGUCCUGGUUUCCUCCAACAUCCUGAAGAAAUACAGCAGAGGUCAGUAGACUUCUAUCCAUUGUCUCUAUCAAUGAUUACGACGUGGUCUCCUCUACAUCAAAUGAACUGAACACUGAUUGGAUGAUUACUUUGGAAGACUCCAGUAUUUAACCCACAACUCCUGCAGUGAAAUUCUUUAGAAAGUCUUUAGAUUUGCGGUGUUGAAGCCCUGAGAUGCAGAUUUGGUUGUUUUUUGUACCAUUUGCUCUGGUGAAAGUUGAGAUGAUCGGAACGGAGUUGUGCAGAGCUGGACAUCCUGGAAUUCCUGGAAACCCUGGUCAUAAUGGCAUUCCUGGGAGAGAUGGGCGGGAUGGCUCCAAGGGUGACAAAGGAGACUCAGGUGAAGUUGGGAAAUCUGGACCCACAGGACCUCAGGGGCCUAAAGGUGAACCUGGAAAGCCAGGGCCCCCUGGUGGACCAGGUAUAAAAGGAAGAAGAGGAGAACAAGGAACUAAAGGAAUACCAGGCAAAAUGGGACCAAAAGGAAUUGCUGGGCCACUUGGACUUAAAGGACAAAAGGGGGAAAUUGGGCUUCAAGGGAAGCAGGGCAUCAAAGGGAAUUUGGGACCUGGAGGUCCAAAAGGAGAAGAAGGACCUAUUGGAGCUCAGGGAGACAUUGGACUACCAGGUCCUGUAGGACCUAAAGGUUUGCCAGGUCCAAAAGGAGAGGUGGGCCCCAAAGGAUCACAUGGGAAUCCUGGAAUUCAAGGUGUAAAGGGAAGUAAAGGGGAAAGUGGUGAAAAGGGAAACACUGGUGAAAAUGCACUGAUAAGGAAUAGUGCUUUCAGUGUUGGAUUGACAGAAUUUUCCAAACUGCCACGUUCAGGUGCCCCAAUUAAAUUUGAAAAAAUCUUUUACAACAACCAAAAUCACUAUGACCCCACAACAGGGAAAUUUACAUGUGAAUUUUCUGGGGUUUAUUACUUUGUCUAUCACAUCACCGUCUAUGUUAAGCAUGUAAGGGUUUCCCUGUACAAAAAUGGUGUUCAGACCCUGAAUACAUUUGAUAGUUAUCAGAGCAGUGAGGAUCAGGCUUCAGGGGGCACACUGCUGCAGUUACAACGCGGUGAUCAAGUGUGGCUUCAAGUAAUUGGCGGUGAUUCUUUUAACGGGCUGUAUGCAGAUACCAAUGAUGACACGGUUUUUACAGGGUUUCUGCUAUUUACUGAAUGACGAGGUUCAGUAAACCUUUCACUGGAAAUGUAAAUUCAACCGACAACCCGGAAGAAACAAAAUGUCUGGACAUUUUAGCCAAAACCCCACAAAUGCUGGAAAUCUGAAAUAAAAACAGAAAAUGUCAGAAAUACUCAACAGUCAGCAUCAGUGAAAAUCUCAUCAAAGACCCUUCAUCAAAACUCUGAGAAUGAGAAGAGGUUGCAGAGCAAAUCGCUAAGUGGGAGAGGGAUGAGAGAAUGCCUAAUCAGUUGUUGGCGAAAAAGCAAUAAUGUUCACUAACUUCUGUAAUGGACACAUGAAAAAGGGGUUAUUCACAGGGUUACUGUGAAUUACUUCACUUCAAAUAUUAACUCUGCCUUGUCCCUGGAAGUUUUGUUAGAUGAUCUGCCACGUGGACUGAUAGUCCCCUCUCCCUUCUCAAAUAUUUAUGAUGCACAAGUAGUUUUUUAAACAUUGGAAUUUAAUGUUAAGAUGAUUUUUCACAUGCAAUUUUAUGUGCAGGUAGCAUGAGAACUGUGUUAAUAUGGACCACUUAACUAGAAAACUAUUACCUCAGUGUGUGCACAAUCUUAAGACGCCAGCAACUUGAUAAAGGUUUGGUGCCACCCGAAUGGCUAUACUAUUCACCUAAUUAUCACUUCCGGGACCUUUGAAGGAGUCAAUUCUGAAGCAGAACAGCUGUGACUGGGAUUUAAAGGUUAACAGUGGUGGCGGGGGGGGGGGGGGGGGGGGGGGGAAGGGUAGGCUGAAUUGGGUGACACUGGAAACUGUACCGUGCGACCUGGAAGGAAAUGUGAUUAAUCCCCAUGAUUAACCUGACCUGGUGUAGACUGUUACACAAAACUUAUGCCACCUUCCAUUAUCCCAAUUUUAGCUAUCAGUUAUGGCUAACCACACCUCUCAGUCUUUGCUUCUUGCCAAGAGGGGAAGUGCUUCAUAAGCAUCUUGCUGGCUACCUGCAGACACUCUUCCUCCACAUUCUGGUCAAGUCAAAGAACACUGCAGCACAGAAAGAGCUCCUUCGUCCCUUCUAGUCCACGCUGAACUGUCAAUUUGCCUAGUCCCAUCGACCCGCACUCCAUUCCCCUCCCACCUGUGUACGUGUCCAGAUUUCUCUUAAAUGUUUAAAUCGUACCCACUACUUCUGCUGGCAGUGUGUUCCACACUCUCACCGACUACUGAGUAAAGAUAUUCUCCCGCACGUUCCCCUUGAAUAUUUCAUCUUUCACCCUUAACUCAUGACCUCCAGUUCUAGUUUCACCCAACCUCAGUGGAAAAAGCCUAUUUGCAUUAGCCCCAUCUAUACCCCUCAAAAUUUUAUAUACCUCUCUCAAAUCUCCCCUCAUUCAAAGUUUCAAAAGUACAUUGAAAGUCAGAGAAAUGUAUACAAUAUACAUCCUGAAAUGUUUUUUCUUCGCAACCAUCCACGAAAACAGAGGAGUGCCCCCAAAGAAUGAAAGACAGUUUAAAUGUUAAAACCCCACAGCCCCCCCCAGCUUCCCCCUACGCGUAAGCAGCAGCAAAGCAAUGAUCCCCCUCCCCCACCAGCAAAACAAAAGCAUUGGCACCCACCACCGAGCUCUCAAGCGUGCAGCAAAGCAACAGCAAAGACACGGACUUGCAGAAUCCCAAAGACUACUUGUUCACCCGGUGUUCGACAUACCACAGGCUCUCUCUCUCCCUAAUGAGGGAGAAAGAGGUGUCUCUGUUUCGCUUACACUACAAGGAAUAAUAACUAACGUAUUCAACCUUUCCGUAUAACUCAGGUCCUCAAGUCCUGGCAACAUCUUUGUAAAUUUUCUCUGCAUUCUUUCAACCUAAUUUACAUCUUUCCUGUGGGUAGGCGACCAAAGCUACACACAAUACUCCAAAUUAGGCCUCACCAAUGUCUUAUACAACUUCAACAUAACAUU